CAAGAAAGAAAGCCUCUCUUUUUUUACUUGGAAUUCUGCUGCUUCGUGAUACACCGAACGAAUAUCUCCGCAAGACUCUCGACAUAAGGCCCGAACAACGACCACUCAAUGGCUGCUACAAAGCUCCUUCUCACUGGCGCUACGGGAUAUAUCGGGGGUACUGUGCUCACACAGCUGCUCAAAUCAACGGUCCCGGAAAUAAAGCAGCUGUCUGUUUCCGUCUUGGUCAGGAAAAGAGAGCAAGCUGAGCGAUACGAAUCCGAAGACGUGACGCCAGUGAUAUUCAAUGGGUUAGAAGAUACAGAACAGAUUCGGUCGCUAGCCAGUGGCUAUGAUAUCAUCCUCCAUGCUGCGGAUUCGACGAAUUCCUCUGCCGCCGAAGCCUUGAUUCUGGGACUUGCCGACAAUCAAGACCGCAGCAAGAACAGAUACUUUAUUCACACGAGUGGAACCUCGAGUCUCGGUGACCGGCCUAUCACUGGGCCGUCCGCGAAGCCGAGAGAUCAUUCCGACAAGGAAGAUAUAUACAGCUGCCUGAAAGCUCUCGAGUCCCUGGAGCCAUAUGCCCAACGCGCCACGGAUAUUAAGAUUGUUGAAACGGGUGACCAAGCAGGCAUUGAUACUCUUGUGAUCAAGGCGCCGAUUAUUUACGGCCGAGGAACGGGCUAUUUUCACGAGAAGUCGUUCCACAUUCCCUUGUUCAUUAAGGGUGCAGUUGCCGCGGGGCACGCCGAGUAUAUCGGUGAUGGCUGUGGUGUGUGGGAUUAUGUGCAUGUCGUCGAACUGGGCAAGUUCUUCGAGUUUCUCCUAACAAGGGUCCUGCGAGGCGAAUCUGUGCCAUCGGGGCACCAGGGCAUCUACUUCAUAGGUAGUCUAAGGUAUUCGUGGAAGGAACUAUCUGAGGGGAUAGCCACAGCUGGUUCUACGCUUGGACUCCUGACAUCGGCAGAGGCACAGUCAAUCAGCCUGAAAGAGGCAGCUGAGAAAUAUACUAGAGGAAAUGAGUCAUUAGCAGAGGUUGGAUUGGCAUCCAACUCGCUUACCCGCGCGGAUCUGGCUCGAGAAAUGGGCUGGGUCUCGAAUAUGACGGACAUUGACUUCCAGAAAAGCCUCCUAGAUGACUUUGAUCUAUUGUGUCGCCAUGCAGAGUGAAACUGGUGGGCAAAGAAGGAUCCUUCCUUUCAUGUCCUAUUCGUGAAACAUGGAUUUAUAUUGGUGGGAAUUCAAAAUAGCAACCACAGUCAUAUAUCAGACAAGGACAAGAGACUAUACAAGGCCAGCAGAUAGUAAGCCCAAGUAAUUCCACAUUCAAACACUCCCCUCCUCCACCCUAGCCUUCACAAGGCAAUCCUCGAGGAUUCAUUGUUAAUCCCGAGAAGGACAAAAUGCUAAAUUUAUCCAUAGAUCAAUACAUGAUCUUCACCAGGCAU